AGUGUAAAGACGAGGGUCGCGUAUCAUAUAAUACCCCACUUUUAUUACAGCAUCUUGAUUCGAUCGAGAGAAAGGCAGCCUUUUCUUCGUCCAGUCUUCUGUCUUCUCGUUUCUCUCGGCCUCAGAAGCGGAAGGACAGAGAAGCGUUCUCAAGGUUUAUAAAAGAUGGCCGAAGAGGAUAUUCAACCUCUCGUCUGUGACAAUGGUACCGGAAUGGUCAAGGCUGGAUUCGCUGGUGAUGACGCUCCGAGGGCGGUAUUUCCUAGCAUUGUUGGCAGGCCUCGCCACACUGGUGUCAUGGUUGGGAUGGGCCAAAAGGACGCUUAUGUAGGUGAUGAAGCACAAUCUAAAAGGGGUAUCCUUACAUUAAAAUACCCUAUUGAGCAUGGCAUUGUCAGCAAUUGGGAUGACAUGGAGAAGAUCUGGCAUCACACAUUCUACAAUGAGCUCCGUGUUGCUCCUGAAGAGCACCCGGUGCUUCUCACAGAAGCGCCACUCAACCCCAAAGCAAACAGAGAGAAAAUGACACAGAUCAUGUUUGAGACCUUCAAUGUGCCAGCCAUGUAUGUUGCCAUUCAGGCUGUCCUUUCUCUGUAUGCUAGCGGCCGUACAACUGGCAUUGUGCUAGAUUCUGGUGAUGGUGUUAGCCACACAGUGCCAAUUUAUGAAGGAUAUGCCCUCCCACAUGCAAUCCUUCGUUUGGAUCUUGCGGGGCGUGAUCUCACUGAUGCCCUUAUGAAGAUCCUCACUGAAAGAGGUUACUCGUUCACCACCACCGCCGAACGGGAAAUUGUUAGGGACAUGAAGGAGAAGCUCGCAUAUGUUGCCCUUGAUUUCGAGCAGGAGCUAGAGACAGCCAAGAGCAGCUCUGCUGUUGAAAAGAGCUAUGAGCUGCCCGAUGGGCAGGUGAUCACGAUCGGAGCUGAAAGGUUCCGUUGUCCUGAGGUCCUCUUCCAGCCAUCCCUUAUCGGCAUGGAAGCUGCUGGAAUCCAUGAGACCACGUACAACUCCAUAAUGAAAUGUGAUGUUGAUAUCAGGAAGGAUCUGUACGGUAACAUUGUUCUCAGUGGUGGCUCGACUAUGUUCCCUGGUAUUGCUGAUCGAAUGAGCAAGGAAAUUACAGCCCUUGCCCCUAGCAGCAUGAAGAUCAAGGUGGUGGCCCCACCUGAGAGAAAGUACAGUGUCUGGAUAGGAGGCUCCAUCUUGGCAUCGCUCAGCACCUUCCAGCAGAUGUGGAUAGCGAAGGCUGAGUAUGAUGAAUCCGGUCCAUCUAUUGUGCACCGGAAAUGCUUUUGAAUUCCUGCAGGCGGUGAGUCUUUUCCAUCUUUCUAGUUUGGCUUCAGCAUUGUGUCUGGUUAUGUGAACUUGGUUUGAUUGAGAUUUUCUCUAGAAGACGGCUUUUGCCAUGUAUGCGUACUUAGGUCGAAAGCUUCUUAUCGUUGUUCUGCUUCUCCCGCUCGCUGCAAUGGCUGCCACUGAUGCUGCUGAUGCAUGGCCUAGUGAGGAGAAAAAAAAACCCAUGAGUUGCGUCACUAGUUAGUAGGAAGGAAUGCCUGGGUUCAUUUGGUUGUCAUGUGUGAUAUUCCUUUCCUUUCUCUUUGGUUUUUAUUCCUAGUCUGUUAUUACUGUAUUAGAAAUUUGAUUUGGUAUGUCAUCUUGCAGUUUUUGAAGGUUGAA